AUGUCCUUUCAAACAGAUAGUGUAAUUCCUUAUGAUCUCGAUGAAGUUUCCUUGAAUCCAGCUAAGAACAACAAUAAAACACUAACUAAUAAUAGUACUAUACAAAAUACAAUAAAACAAAUGAAGUUUAACAUUUCAAAUUAUUUAAUCACUAACCGAAAUAAAUCAAAUCAAAUUAGAUUAAAUGAUAAUAUGCAUAUAAAUGAUAUUACUAAUGAAUCAUCUUCUAAAUUAUCUCAUCAUAAGGAUUCGGAAUUUCUCAAUACCGGAUUUACUUUAAUUGGUUAUACAUUUCUACUUCAAAUGAUUUUACAUAUCAUGACAUUUUUAUUGAAUAGUCUUUCUUAUCGUUAUUUGGAUACAGCUAGUUUAGGCUUAGUCAAUGUUCGACUUGGUUUAUUUUAUUCAACAUUGAUAUUUACUUCAAGAGAAGCAUUUCGUCGUGCAUGUCUUAGUCGUGGUGGUCAAGUAGUCAAUAGUAAUGAUAAUAAUAAUAAUGAUAAUAAUAAUAAUAAUAAUAAUAAUAAUAAUAAUAAUAAUAAUAAUAAUAGAAAAUCAACUGAAUCAUUAUCAAAUGCAAAUGUUACUACAAUAAUUGAUUCUACAAAUGAAGAUUUUGUUGAUGUUUCUCAGUUUAUUAAAAGUUGUAAGCAUGAAAUUAAUCAAGAUGGUCAUACUUCAAUUCAGUGUAGUUUACAAUAUAAAGAACAAUUGUAUGGAAUUUUCAAUCUUGCUUGGCUAGUACUUCCAAUUGGUUUCAUCAUUGUAAUACUAUUGAGUUUUGUGUGGAUUUACAUCUUACCAUCUCCAAGUAAUCUAAUUAAUGAAUCAAAUUCUGAAUUAAAUUUAACAUCGUCAAUUAUUGAACAACGUUACAUCCUCUGUAUCAUGAUAUACGCUUUAUCUGGUCUUUUUGAAUUAGCUACUGAACCAUUAUGGCUUAUUUGUCAAUUAUCUCAUGAAGUUCGUGCAAGAAUUUUCAUUGAAGCUUUUGCUAAUACUGCUCGUUCAAUUGGAAUACUAUUUGCAAUAUUUACUGUACCAUCCCAGUAUGCCAUUUAUUCACUUAGUAUACCUCAACUUCUUCAUGGUUCGACAUUGUUCAUAAGUUACUUACUGUAUUUUCAAUAUGGUAUACCACGUUUAACAUCAAAUAACGAAUUGAAACUUAAAGGAAUCACAGGAAUCGCUUCGUUAAAAGAUAUUUUACCAAGUUAUUUUCGGUAUUCUAUCGAUCGACAAGGCCUACAACUUGUAAAGAACUUUUUUGGUCAGUGUAUACUGAAACAACUUUUAACAGAAGGUGAAAGAUAUUUAAUCAGUGCGUUCCAUUUGAUAAGUUUCACUGAUCAGGGUAUAUAUGAUCUCGUCAAUAAUUUGGGCUCUUUAGCGGCUCGUCUACUUUUCUUACCAUUGGAAGAAAGUUGUCAUUUUAUGUUUAGUCAAUGUAUUCAAAGAGAUGUCUCUCCAAGUAAACAAGACAAAAAAUUACUUAUGGAUGCAUUUCGUAUGCUUAAAACAGCUUUACGUAUUUCAAGUCUUAUAGCUUGGAUUGGUGUAACUUUUGCUCAAGCUAAUUCUCGUUUAUUAUUAAUGAUUUACGCUGGGCAUAGAUUAGCUGAUAAUUAUGUAGCGGUCAAUUUAUUACAAUUAUAUUCUGCUUAUGUUUUGUUACUUGCAUGGAAUGGUUCGACUGAAGCGCUGUUGAAUUCCGCAAUGUCAACAGAUGAGGUUUUACGCCACAAUCAACGUUUAAUAAUAUUUUCCAUAAUAUUUCUCAGCGCAAAUUGGUUUCUUGUCCCAAUAUUCAAUGUAUACGGUUUUGUACUGGCCAAUUGUAUUAACAUGAUUACUCGUAUUUUAUAUAGUGUUUAUUAUAUUAACAAAUUUUUGGCAAAAAUUGAUGAACCAACGAAUAUUGAAAAACAAAACAACUUGGAUGAUAAUAAUGAUAGCAGCUGCAGUAGUAGUGAUAAAUCAUCGACUUUCGUUGUGUUAUCAAACUGUGAAAUGGAAAAAUUCUCAAAUAUUUCAUUAUUAUCAUUAAUGUUCCCAUCAUAUAGUGAAAAGUGCAUUCUAUUCAUUUCACUUGUAUGUACUUUAAUUUCACAAUACUUUUUGUGUUGUUCUUUUGGCAUUCUAUGGAUGAUAUUACAUGGUACAAUUACAUUCGGAUUCUUAUUCAUCACAUUAAUAAUAAUUUAUUACGAAGAAGUUGAUAUUUUACAACUUAUUCAAAAUCGUUUACCAUCUUUAUUACAAUACAAAAAAUCACAAUAA